AUGAACACUAGAUCUCGACGGAGCAACCGCAACGAAGGCCUGUCCAACGCAGAACGAAGGCCAAACAGACAACAGAGGCCGAAUCCAGCCGACAUGGGCGAUAACGGCAAUCAGAACAUGGCUGCUCAGUUGCAGCAGCUUCAGCAGCAGAUAGAGCAGAUGCGGAAGGCUCAACAAGAUAGAGAACCGCAACCACGUGAUUCUAUUGGAGACAAGGACAAUCCGCACACCUUCUAUCAAAACCGGUCUGCGAUUGUCCCUCCAAACGUUCAGAGGCAAGACUUCGAGAUCAAGCCCAGCAUGAUCGCUCUAGUCAAGGAUCACAUCUUCCAUGGACUUCCUGCUGAGAUUCCGGUGGACCAUAUCCAGAACUUUGAGGAGAUAUGCAGCACGACUGGUUCGAAUGGAGUACCGGCUGACUUUCUGAAGUGCAAGCUAUUCCAUUCUCACUUGCCAACAAAGCAUCUCGCUGGCUGA